AUGGACGAGCAGCAGCUUGCUCUUCGCGUGUACCGGUGGGCCAAACGAAAGAAGUUCAAACCUGGCACAACACUCCAACUGUUAACCCUUGGCUUGGGCAUUCCAAUUGAACGCCCAAUCAUCCCGGACAUUCGUUUCGACCUCAACAUGCGCGAUGCCGAUGCUUUACUCUCGUUUCGCUUUGACGUUCGGGGUGUUGUAAAGCUCACCAGCCUACUUGGGGUUCCAAAUGUCGUCAUAACGAGCUGUCGCGACCGUGUUUGUGGUGUCGAGGCCAUGUGUGUCCUGUUAAAACGGCUGCGCUACCCGAUCUCAUACUACGACUUAAUCGCUACGUUCGGCCGCUCUCGGGAGCAGUUGUGCCGCAUUUUCAACUACAUGGUCCAGUUUGUCUACGAUCGAUGGAAGUCUGUCAUCUACUGCAACACAAAGAUUGUUCGGUCCCGUAUCGGCCAGUACGCUGCUGCUGUCCACAGUAAGGGUGCCCCGUUGGACAGGGUGUGGGCUUUUCCAGACGGCACGAAGAUUGAAUCAUGCCGUAUUAGAGCCACAUCAAAUGGCGCUGAAGGGCUCAACCUACAAAAGCGCAUCUACUCCGGCCAUAAACGCAAGUAUUGUCUCAACUUCCAGGGGCUCACGACCCCAGACGGUUUGUGUGUUCAUUUCUUUGGCCCAUUGGAAGGCAGUCGGCACGAUGUUGCCCUGCUUCGCGUCAGUAAAUUGCAGGAAUUUUUCGAAAACAACUCGGACAUCUUUGACGGCUAUUACAUCUACGGUGACCCCGCCUACCCAACAUUAAAGUGGAUCAUUUCUGGCUGCAAAGGAAACAAUUUGGACGAGUCCAAGGAGUUGUUCAACUGUGCAAUGAGCCGCGUCCGUCAAGGCGUCGAAUGGAACUUUGGCCGUCUCAAGUCACUUUGGGGAUUUAUUACGCACAAAAUGCAACAAAAUAUCAUGCUGUCGAACGUCGGGACAGUCAACAACGGUGGAUAUCAAAGCUCCACGUACUUUGCACUUGUCCCGCCAACUCUUGAAGAGUACUUAGUACUUGUAGAUUAA